AUGACUUCUCAGGAAGAGACUCAAGGGGCAAAUCCCACUACUGGAAGUCUUGAAAUCAUCUCUAUUACAGAAGAUGGACCGCCAGUACCAGAAAUUCAGUUCUCCUUCAAAAGAUUUUUCAGCAUACAAGUGAGAGUUGAUCCCAGUGCAGAUGGAUCUGGGGAUAUUGAACCACCUUCGAUGUGCCAAGUAUUAACCUCCCCCAAAUACCUUCCAUACGUCUGUGCUUUAUUCUUUGUAGUAAUCCUAGCAGUUGCCACUGGCCUGGGUGUCCAAUACAACUGCAUUGGGAAGUUUCGCUGCCGAUCAUCCUUCAAGUGUAUCCAGAAAUCAGCCAGGUGCAAUGGUGUAUUCAACUGUAAAGAAGGGGAAGAUGAGUAUGGAUGUGUCAGGCUGAGUGGCAAGAGAGCUGUGCUGCAGGUGUACACCUCUGGAUCGUGGCGAACAGUCUGUUCUGAUGACUGGAGGGCAGAGUAUGGAAAUACUACCUGUAAACACCUGGGUUUCUCAAGUUAUGUGAGUUCAGGUUACCUGCCCGUGGCUGCUGUUGAAAAACAGUUUCAAAGACAUUUUGUAUCCCUCAGCCAUUGGUUACCCAUGGAUCAAGUGACAUCCCUGCACAAUGCAACAAACUUGAGGGAAGAAUGCACUUCUGGCAAUGUAGUCAUCUUAAAGUGUUUGGCAUGCGGGAUGCGGGCCAGCUACAGGCCGCGGAUUGUGGGAGGCAAUGCAUCCUUGCCCCAGCAGUGGCCUUGGCAGGUCAGCCUGCAGUUCCAUGGGCACCACCUCUGCGGAGGGUCUGUCAUCACCCCACGCUGGAUCAUCACAGCUGCACACUGUGUCUACGACUUGUACUUACCAAGCUCAUGGAGUGUGCAAGUUGGCUUUGUGACUCAGCAAGAUACCCAGGUUCACACAUAUUCAGUGGAAAAGAUUAUAUACCAUCGAAAUUAUAAACCCAAGACCAUGGGAAAUGAUAUAGCACUGAUGAAACUGGCAGCACCGCUUGCUUUCAAUGGUCACAUAGAGCCAAUUUGCCUGCCUAAUUUUGGUGAACAGUUCCCAGAAGGAAAAAUGUGUUGGGUAUCAGGAUGGGGAGCAACUGUUGAAGGAGGUGAUACAUCUGAAACCAUGAAUUACGCAGGUGUUCCCUUGAUUUCUAAUAGAAUUUGCAAUCACAGAGAUGUCUAUGGUGGGAUCAUAACCUCUUCAAUGCUUUGUGCAGGUUUCCUAAAGGGAGGGGUGGACACCUGCCAGGGAGACAGUGGGGGCCCUUUAGCAUGUGAAGAUAUGAGUAUCUGGAAGUUGGUGGGAACCACCAGCUUUGGAGUGGGCUGCGCAGAAGCAAACAAGCCUGGUGUCUACAGCCGAACUACCUCCUUCCUGGGCUGGAUACAUGAGCAGAUGGAGUAUCUUUGGCAUUGAGUUUCCUCUACAUCUAACCAUAGGUUCCAGAAAUGGCUGGCAUUUUGCAUAUUCAAGAUAAGUGAAGACAUUUCAGAGAAUGUCAUAUAUGGUGAAGUAAUCAAGAGGGAAAAAAGUACAGUUUAAUAUUUGUUUGGCUAGAUGCUAACAAGUCAUAAUUUUUCACAGGGACAUUCUUCAGGUUAGACAUUUAUUCAUCCUCCUCAAAAAGAUUGUCAGUUGCAGCACAGAAACACAGACACUUUGUAAUGUAAUCUGAAAGAAACCAAAAGAAAGUAAAGAUAAUGUAAUGUGAACUUCGAAAACAAGACCACAGUUCUGAUCUGCUCUUAGCUGCUAUUGCACACCAUGGAUUGGGGUUCAUUUGGUAUUUCCAGAAGUUCCUUUAUGUUCUUCACACUAACUUAACUAUUGUAGUUAAGGCUUACCAAAGAGGCUGGGAGAGGGAUCCAUUUUGAUCUAAGAUAUGUAAAAUAGCAAGAUAAGGAGCUUGGUCAUCAGCUUGCCCUUUAAAUGCUUUCUUUCUGGAAAUUGACACUGUGACAGUUCAACUCUCAGGACUGUUCAUUUAAUGCCAGGCAUAAUCAAAGAGAAGGUAUUUGCAUUUUCUGAUCUUCCAUUUCCCAGUCUAAACCCCGAGGUAAGCGCUUCUGCCUCGCAGAUUUUUGGGAGCAUGCAAAUAUUUUGUUGAUGACUCUCUCUUGUGAGGGAAAUGGAAAGUUUUCUACUGCUUUCCUCUAGGAGUGAAAGUUAGAUGAUGUUGCUUAUCAAAGUGUUCAUCCAACAUUGUGAGCGUAGUUUCUCUUGCUUCCAUUUUGAAGUGCUAGGGGAGGAAGCAAAGUUUGUAGUGCAGAAUGGGAGUACCAUUGGUCUACAUACAUUACCAUCUGAGAUCUACUAUGCUUUAGCUAGUGCAUCUGAAUAGGCAUGAAAGAUUCCCACCCCAGGAGAAAGAAAAAUGAAAAAAAAAAAGAGAAAGAAAGCAGCAAUGGAACAACUAAGAAGAAACAAAACAAACCCCUUCAAAUCUUACUUAGCUCCUUGUAUGCACUAUCCCACGCACAGUGUCUGCUGCUGUUGCUAAUAUAUUCCACCAUCCCCCAUAACCAUAAUUCUUUUCGAAUCUUCUGUUCCUGUCUCAGCCUACACAAAGUUAGCAAUCAGUGAACUCAAGUGGUGAGAGAAGCCGAUGGCAUUUCCUCAGAUUCACAGUACGUGUGAUGGGAGUUGCACCCCAUCAGGAGGAGACGGUGUAUUUUUGUGAAGAACAAGCACAACCAUUCAGAUGGCAGAAUUGGCUCCAGCAGACUCGUGGUGCCAUUGGUUCAAACGGAAGCAAGCAGAAUACAUACAUUAUUGGUUUUGCUUUCUAGAGAGAAGAGUUGCAGACCUGAAGGGCAUGUUGACUUGCUGGGCUUUUGGACAUCCAUGCUCCCCCACAGAAGGAACUACCACACUCUUCUGGACACCUGCUCUGAGCUCUGUAUCUUCAUGGGCUACUUUUAAUAAUUUUUUUUUUUUUUUGUACUGGUAACUGUACUUAAGGAAAACUGAUGCACAUUUAGCCUCUUUUGGAUGGAUGAGGCAGUUUCAUUCCGGGUGAUAGGCGUGUGCAUUCACUGUCAGCUAGUAAUUUCACACAUCAAAAAAGUGCUAAAACCGAUAAUCCAGAAAGCUGCAAUAACAUUUUGCAGGCACCAUGUGUACAAGUCUACAGGAACUUCAGAUCAGGUUGCUUCCUACUAUUUUGAUACUUCUCUUCCAAGGAUCAAGCAACAAAAAUACUUUUUUUCCUGAAAAUAUCCACAUGUAAAGCUCAAGCUGCUUUGCAGGUACCAGCAGCUUUCAUUAUAGCCGUAAAGCAAGUAGGAAGCAAGCAGCCGGCAGUUUUGGCACACAUUUGGCAAGUAUGUUCAACUCUUGUUAGAAAAAAAAUCAUAGGAUUCAAGUCUUACCUCAUGUGGAUGUGAGCAAAGUCCCUAAAGUGGAAUUCUUAAGUAUUUUGUUGCUGUAAAUGGCUUGGAAAUGAGCGAUGUACAGACUGUAACUACUGAAAAACUCUGACAUCGCUGAACAGUCUUAAAGAAAAGAGGAGCUGAAGUGCUGCUGUGGUUUCCUGUUUUACAAGCCAUGUUAAUACAACAACGUCUUGUUAUGUUGAAAAAUGCCUCAUCAUUUUGUACUUGUUCUUUGUUAAAAUCCUGGGAUGCAAGUUAUUAGAAUUGAGUUCUAGGGGCUAGGUAGGCUGAAUAACACA